AUGACUUGGAAUCAAACGAUACUUUUUAUAGUGGUCUUUAAUUUUAUUCUAUGUGAUUCAAGUUUUAAACAUGUCAAACCAAUACGACUUGCAGUGCUUGCCCCCGAUGAUGACACAUUUCCCUAUUCACUACAUCGAGUUUUGCCAGCAGUGAUAUAUGCAGUGCGGACAUUACUUAGACAAGGUGGAAGGCCAAUGGAAGUGUUAUACCGUGAUACUCAAUGUUCAUCAACGUAUGGACCACUGGCAACCUUUUCUUUGUAUAACGCAGGAUUGGCUGAUAUCUUCUUGGGACCCUUGUGCCCUUACGUGUUAGCUCCCGUAGCUCGAUAUUCUUCUGUGUGGGGUUUGCCAAUAUUGACUGCUGGAGGUCAGAAUGACAACUUUGACCACAAAGAUCCGCAUUAUCGGCUUCUGACACGCAUGAAUGGUUCAUAUUCCCAGAUAGGGACGAUAGUGCUUCAGGUCCUGAAGAAAUUCAAUUGGAAAAUAGUUGGUUUGCUUUUUCACAACUACGAAGACAGGACUAAAGGCAAUUCGAAUUGUUACUUUACUUUGGGUGCAGUGUUUACUGCUCUGGGAAAGAAGUCUUUUCAUAGAGGAUUCGACGAAACAAGUCCGGUCACAGACUAUCCUAAGUUGCUUCGGGAAGUCUCCUUGCAUUCUCGAAGGAGCCCUAUUCGCCAUAGCAAAAACCGAAGUGGUAUAAAAAUAACUCAGUUCCAGCAAAAAAUCUUGAAUUAA